AUGUCUGAGACCAAAUGGGCAUUUUCUGAUGGCAGUGGGAGAUUAUUCAUUAAUGAUGAUGUGAAAGAGCUAACAAACGAUGGUACUUUACUGCCUUUUUACAUUCACAAAUACAUACAAUCACUAAACACGAUCGUAAUCUCAACGAGUCUAGUUGGAGAAACGACGAAGUUUGAUUUAAUAGCCAUCAAUUUAGAUAGAGCCGCGGAAUCACUCAAUCAUGGUAUUAUGUGGAGAUUACGUUCUGACGAUUUCCCUUCAUUAGUAGAGUAUGUUGCCAAUGAGUGGUGUCUAGCAUCAUCAUCUGCAUUUACAAAGGUUGAUAAUGAUGGUGGUGAUCUUAUAGCUGAAGAAGAGCCUGCCCAGAGCGUCACUACUGAAAAAUCAAAACCUACCCAAAAUCAAUGUACUUGGUCUCAAGAUCAAGAUGCAGUAUCAAUCAUAGUACAUUUAACAGAGAUUGGAAACAAAGAAAGUUACGCACCAAUUAUAAAAACUAAAGAAAUAAAAAUACCUUCGCUCAGUAAUGAUACUUUACCUCUUUAUGACGAAAUCGACAUAGACUCUAGUAAUUGGACGCUCAACCGACAAUUGUCACAGCUUGAAAUUGAUUUGGGCAAGAAGAAUCAGACGGCUAGAUGGAUAAGUCUUUUUGAUGAGCACUUUAAGCCACCGUUUGAAAUUACCGACGAAAGGCUAUCAGAACAGCAUCUACAAAGUGCUCUCAGUAGUUUAGAAAAGUACACAGAAGAAGGUGACGGCACACAAUCUCCCAAAAUUCGCCCAGGUGGCCUUUCUGAUGAUAUACCUUCAUUAGCUAAAGGCGAAAUGGAUGAUAACGUCGAUAGCGAUGUAGGUAGAUUAUUCACAUUGACGAAGUUCAGCAAUGUAGAUGAAUUGCAACAUUUCACUUGUCAGAGAUUAUUAUCAACACCCUUACCAUCUUAUCCGAAACAAGAUAGUACAUUUAUUAUUUCAGAUGAAACGACAUUAACAGGUGCCCUUUUCGAUACGAAGAGUGUCAAAAAUUUGGAUUCAUUUGCUGCUCUUCCUUUCGUAAUUGCUUCAAAGAGAGAUUUGAAAUUCACUCAUCAUUUAUCAAAUGAAUUAGUAAUUGUCUUUGAAGGUGGAAACCAUAAAGGUGCAGGUAAUGCAUUUAUUUACUUCCAAACGGAAUCAGAUCAAUCGGAUACCGCGCCACAGUCAGUAUUCCAAUUCUGUGGUUAUGAGAAAGGUUCUCUACUAGGAGUUGCAUAUUUCAAAUCACAAGGUAUCUUAGUUGGUCUAUGUGAGAAUAGCUUAGUCGUAAUAUCAGAUUUAAUUUGA